AUGCCACCUAAAAACAAAGGAUUAAGCGCAAACUAAAAAAGGGAUAGAAUUAUGAAGAUCUUCACAGAACGCAAAGAAGUUUUUAGUUAUCCCUAACUAGAAAAAGAAGCUGAUAAAGUAGGCAUCAGAAGGGAUAAUCUCAAAGAAAUAUUAGAAAGUCUUUUAUCAGACAAUCUUGUUGAAACUGAAAAUCUAGGUACUAGUAAAUGCUAUUGGUCAUUGCCAAGCCAAGCAUUGAUACGCCUCUAAUAAAAAUGCGCUGAAUACACAGAAAAAAUCGAUUAGGAAAGACAAAAGGAAAUUGAAAUUGAAGCACAAUUUGAGUCCAUGAAAGAAGGCAGAGAAAAUUGUUAAUAAAGAACUGAUCUUGAAAAUGAAAUCAAUUAAUAUCGAUAACAGUAUUAGGUUCUCCUUAAGAAUUUUGAACUUAAACAAAAAAAUGAUCCUGAAAGACUCUAAAAGCUAAAAAAGGAUACUGUCAAUUUAAGAUACGAUGCCAAUUCAUGGACAGAUGAUAUCAUUUAGUUAUCAUUCUAUCUUAAGUCCCAAGCAGGAAUGAGUUCAGAAUAAUUAGACCAAUUGGGAAUACCUGCUGAUAUUGAUAACAUUUGA